UCGAACAUCGAACAUCGAGAAAUAAAUAAAAAGAAUUAGUCCAUUGGAGAAGCUAGAUAAAUAAAAGAUCGAGUUUCUCCAAUGGCGUCAAUAACAGUAGCUUAUUAUUAUGUUCUUGUAUUGUUUGUUUGCAGCGCCUAUGGGAAACCAGAUUUGGAGAUGAAUCCUUCAGCCUCGAGCUGGCAAACUGUAACUGAAAACGUGGGUGUUUCCGCCAUGCACAUGCAGUUGAUGACAAACAACAGGGUUGUCUGGUAUGACGCCAUUAAUCUUGGUCGCUCCGCACUGAUGCAGAAUCCUAAGUGGUGCAGAAAAGAUGAUAAGGGCCGUGAAGACUGCUGGGCUCAUGGCGUUACCUAUGAUCUCGACACCGCUAAAGUUGUCAAGACACUCAAGUUGAGCCUGAAUACAUGGUGCUCGUCGGGAGGGCUGUCGAGCACCGGAAAAUUGAUAAGCACCGGAGGCUACGACAAAGGUUUUCGAGGAAUUAGAAUCCUGGAACCCUGCGAUUUAUGCGAUUUCAAGGAAGAUGUUGGACUUUCUGCAAACAGAUGGUAUGCUUCUCAACAAGUCUUGGAAAAUGGUGAUUUUAUCGUGGUGGGAGGAAGAAAAUCUCGCAACUAUGAAAUUGUCCCGCCAGAUCAGCUUAAAUUCCCGAACAAACAAUUUCCGCUUCGGCUGCUCGAGGAAACCACCGACGGCUUUCUGGAGAAUAAUUUGUAUCCAUUUGUGUACCUCCUCCCCGACGGCAAUGUCUUCCUCUUCGCCAACGAUCGCUCCAUUAUUUUCAACCCUAGAACCGGAAAGACGAUUCGGGAGCUUCCUAAGCUGCCAGGGGGGUCCCGGAACUACCCGGCCUCGGGGCAAUCCGCGCUUCUUCCUCUCAAACUCACCAAAGCGAAUGAUUUUGUGAAGGCGGAGGUUUUGGUUUUGGGAAUGUCCUCAUAAUUAAUGGCGCGAAAAC